AUGACGAGGAGUGCAACAUGUCGUGAUCACGCGCAGCGCGGCGAUGAGGCGUCGGACUUCCUGCGCCGUCUGUCUAUCGCAGAUGCAAAGGUUCUUUUGGAGAAGACGAGAAAAGAGAAGGAAAAGAAGACGGAAGAGAUGCAGAAGAUGAUUGGCGGACGAUACCGCGACCUCAUCCAGUCGGCGGACGAAAUCGUGACGAUGCACUCGGCCGCCAUGCGUCUUGAGGUGUCGCUCAAGGAGAUGCCCGAGAUGUGGCAGCAGAUGGAAAUGGCUCUAUCGGAUGCCUUGGAUGUUGAAAAACAACUCGGAUGUGUGGAACCGCCGGAUGCAGUACCUGCCACGUCGAAAGAGGGCGAUCAAGUUGGGGAAGCCACUGAUGUAGACCAAGUGGCGUUUCUGGUGGAAGUCACGGAAAAGAUGUGGCAACUUUUGGAUGAAGGAAUGUCGCUACAGGCGCUAGAGCUCUAUGAGCAGGCGGACAGGAUCCGUGAUCAAUGGGUGGUGAGCAAGAGUGCAGAAACGGAGUUUCCAUUUCUGCUGUCGCAGUGGGCGUGCAUUCAGAGCUUUCGACCGAGGAUACUGGCGUGUGCGAAUAGCUAUCUGACUUGUCGGGGCAAAAAUAGUUCGUUUUAUGCAGACAAUUUGUGCACGCUCGUGGUGCUGAGUACUCCACAAAUGAGCGCUGACAAAGCCAUCGAGGCGUUUUUCGAAAGCCGCUCGACGUGGUUGACCCCUAUUUACAAAAAAAACAGCGACAGAUGGUUUGCGCUGACGCAUUCUCGGAAAGAACGCACAUUGAUGGUUAUUUUGAAAAGCAUUUGCUGGACGAUUACACAAACGGAGGAAAUUUUCGGUGAGGACAUCAGGCUGUUAAGCUCAAUGCCGAAGCUUCCACUGAGCUUUAGGGAUGACCUUGAUGCAUGCACAUCGUCAGGAAAGGUGCUGGAAAGGCUAAGCAAGUGGUUUCGCCAGCAUCAACAACAGAUACCCGAGGUAGUGUCGGCGAUAAUUUCGAGUAUCGAUUCGAUCACAUUGCUAUCUCGAGCUCGGUCCAAGUUAGUUGCCUUCGAUAACACAUUUGGUGGUUGCCAGAGCGUAAAUGUGUGGCAACAGCUCUGCAGCAAAGCUCACACUCACCAAUCUGGAAGUGUAGAGAAGCAAUCGGCAGUACCUGUUGAGUCCGUUUUCUCUGUUCUCUACGCCGAGGCAUUUCGAAAACGUACGCGCGAUCUGGUACAGAACUCGUUUGUUGAAGCUCUGGAGGCAAUCAAAAGUCAGUUCCGCGCGUGCGUGCACGAGACGGUGGCUAACAUUUCUCGAACGGACUAUCGAUUGGAGAACCUAACCUUUUAUGACCACUUUGAGAAGAUCCAAAAAGUGGCUGCCGAUAUCGAUGCAAGUGAUCUUCAAAGCGUACUGACGGAAGAGUUUCUUCGUACGUUGUUGAAGCUGGUCAUCUUCGUUGAGCAAGAGUAUCCAUUUUGUCGGAAUCGCAAUCACGCUUGUGUGGAAAGCGAAGCUCGACUUUUGAGCGUCCACUUUCAUAUUUCCAACAUAUUUGCUGGGAUCGUGGCUGAGUGUCCGGGCCGAAUAAACAGCUUAUUUCCGGGACAUCCAAGCGCCGUCUUGAUUCCAGAAAACGACCCUGCACCCUCGAUCAUCGGUCCAACAUUCGAAAAGUAUGCAAACAACGGUUUUGUGGAGAAAGCGCAGCUAAAGUGUGCUCUAAAGGAACUUACGGGAGGUCACGAAGACUUUCGAGUAUGUUUUAUUUUCGAAGAUUUGCGGCAAGUGGGUAGUUUAGGGUGGCAUUCAUUUUAUCUGGUGACGGAGCUAAUGCGAAAAGCAUCAUAUUCACAAACGUUCGUCAACGUCAUGCACGGACUUUCGACAAAGCAUUGUGAAGCGUGGGCUGACAUCCUGCUUCAGCAGAAGGUUGAGCCGCUGCGCGAGCUCAUGCAGGUCGAGCAGUACGAAUCAACAAAUGAGGAAUGGAUUGCCAGCCACGAAGGAUGGGUAGAACAAGUGAUCUGUGACGAAGGUCUUGGGGAAGACAUCGAUGAUUCAUCUUCUGAGUCUGAAAUGGCUCUAGGUGACGAAAAAGUCUGGUUGCCAUGGUCUGAAACGCCGACAGUAUCGAGCUUUCUGUUUUCAUGCUGCUAUAGCCUUGAUAACGCAAAUCGGUUGAUCCAGAGCCCCGGCAGCGCAAAAGAUGAGCAGAUGAAGCUGAUGCAGCGCACAAUGCGCGACGUUCUGGUGGAGCGACUUACUGUUGUCAUCGUGACCGUGUAUGAUGCUGCAGUUUCUCUGCUCGUCAAAGCCAAAGCAAGUCAAAAAGACUCUGUGUUGAACUUUGGUGAAUGCUGUAUUCAGCAGUUUCUUUUCGAUAUGUAUUUCGUACGCGCGACGUUGGGUUUUUCGGAUUUUAUCCGUUUCGGAUGGGGCGAUGAGCUUGACACGGAAAACCGCUCACCUGGGCUACUGAAGCUGAAAGGCCUGUUCGAACGGAUGCGAGAGUUCAUUGACCCCGUGGAUUGGGAGAUAUAUGGCCCUCAGCUGAUUGAGAACGUCGUGCUGCAAUUUCGGAAAAGCCGACUACUCUUUUCAUCACUGUCGGAGUCAAAUGACAUCAACAAGAUCAAUGGGAAAGAAAUCGUCAUCGGAGCUCAUGACACGAGGCCGCUGGUUCGUAUCGCAGAGCCUGUUGCUAGGUUUUCGUUGCUUCCUGUUCCCUUGAAUCGCCGUAAGUUCAGAUGCAGCGUAUCGCCUCCGAGUGAGGAUGCCACCGCAGAGAGCCGAAGCCGAGCAAAUAGCACUUCUCGCUUCCACGAACGAUCGGCUGAAGACGAUGGGUCUAGCGUGCAGCCGUCGGCCUCGAAACUUCAAAAUCUGCUGUCUUCGUCGACCAGCUCACACAUCUUUUCUGCUGCGGCAUCAGGCACGAACUUGCUUUCGUCUGCAGCAAAGGGCAUCGGGUUUCUGUCUUCAGCAACACAGAAUCGUUACUUUUGA